AGUCGUCCCCGCAGCGCCAUGGCUGCCUUGCGCGCCCUGCUGUCUCGCGUCCGCUGCCCGCCGCGUCCCCGGCCCGGCUGCGCGGCCUUGCGCCCCUUCGUCUCGGGUGCUGACUUUCAGUACAUCAUCGCAGAAAAGAAGGGCAAGAACAGCAGCGUGGGCUUCAUCCAACUGAACCGCCCCAAAGCACUCAACGCACUCUGCAAUGGCCUGAUCACGGAGCUCAACCAGGCUCUGGAGGCCUUCGAGGAGGAUCCGGCUGUGGGGGCCAUCGUUGUCACGGGUGGGGAGAAGGCCUUUGCAGCUGGAGCUGAUAUCAAGGAGAUGCAGAACCAAACAUUCCAGGACUGUUACUCUGGGAAGUUCUUGAGCCACUGGGACCGACUUGCCCAGGCCAAGAAGCCGAUCAUAGCUGCUGUCAAUGGCUACGCUCUUGGUGGCGGCUGCGAACUCGCUAUGAUGUGUGACAUUAUUUAUGCUGGAGAAAAAGCCCAGUUUGCACAGCCAGAAAUCCUACUGGGAACCAUCCCAGGUGCAGGGGGCACCCAGAGACUGACCCGCGCUGUUGGAAAGUCACUGGCCAUGGAGAUGAUUCUCACUGGUGACCGGAUCUCUGCCCAGGACGCCAAGCAAGCAGGUCUCGUAAGCAAAAUUUUUCCUGUGGAGAGACUGGUCGAAGAAGCCAUCCAGUGUGCAGAGAAAAUUGCCAGCAAUUCUAAAAUUGUAGCAGCAAUGGCCAAAGAAUCCGUGAACGCAGCUUUUGAAAUGACAUUAACAGAGGGAAACAAGCUGGAGAAGAAGCUCUUCUACUCAACUUUCGCUACCGAAGACCGGAAAGAAGGGAUGACCGCGUUUGUGGAAAAGAGAAAGGCCAGCUUCAAAGACCAGUGAGCGCCUCCACCUCUGCCUAGAACCUUCUACCUAAAGACAAAUUUAGAGUCUGACAGUCUUAGAAGCAAGUAAAUCCUUCUUUUAUAAAGGGCCAUGUAGGUGACACACAGUUUAUCUCUGACGCUUGGGGCUCUCGCUC